AUGGCCAGCACUCCGACGCGGUCUCUCGGAAAGCGCAAGUCCAGCCAGGCAGCGGGACGGGGCGAUCGUCGCGUUCGCGCGGAGAAGACGGUCGCGCACCAGGCGCGGCAGCAGCUCAAGGGCAACGAAGGAAGCACGAUGGCGGCUCUGCUCGCGAUCUCGCGCAGGCUUUCUCUCACAACGCACGAGAUUUCGUGGAACCCACGGGCGCGAUCCUCAAUUGUUCUUUAUUCCCAGCGGCAGCUCCGCUCAUCACAGCGACGCAGAUCGCGGGGCACGACUACGCAAUGGAUUACAAAGAUCAAGAAGCACGACAACGGGCCACCAUGCCCCCACAUAUUCGCGGUUAUGGUGGCACAUUUCUUGGAGACGAUGACGCACGCGCAGGGAGUCGAGGCUCAGGCUACGGCAGCUCUUUAA